UCCAUCUCAAUGCCCCAAUUCCGUUCCCAAUUCGAAGGGUAAAAACUCUUUCUUUCUCUGUUUCUGCUCACACAAAUCUCCAACAAUUCUUCUUGAUUACAGCCUUCGCACUUUGGGUUUCCUCGAUUUCGUGUGCCCAAGGAAUCGGCGGCAUCGCUUUUGCGUGGCAUCUGUAAUCUCCCCACACUCGCAUUUUCGUGUGACGGCUGCUGGGAGCUCUACCGCGAGAUAUUUCUAGAUUUUUUUGUUCUUCUGGUGGAGGGUUGCUUUCGUGUUUCUGUUUCUUAUGUGGAUACCAGAGAUUGGAGCUUGAAUCGUGUUUCCUUGAUCGAAUUUUGGCUGCUCCGAUGACAGAUUACAUUAAUCUGUAACGUUAGUAGUUAUUCAGCACACAUAUAGUCUUUCGGAUGCAAUUUACAGAUUCUGGUGCUAGAUGGGGUGGGAAAUUUUCUCGAUCCAGUUGUUAGCAAUACAUUUGAUGCUUAAGAAAAGUCAUAUGCUGUGCUUCUCUGUUGAUAUGCUUAUAGUUGGUUAAGAUUAUCGAAGCCUGAAUUGUAUUCAGAGACCCUCCUAGGAGAGAGUUCCUUUGAGUAUGAGUUCAUCAUUUUUAACAGUGGCAUUGGCUGGGAUCAAAUUAUCAUGUUUUUGUAAUGCCGGUGGAGCUGAAUCAUGCUGAUUUGAUUCUUUUCCGAAAAGGGGCUAUCAUUUUGCAAAGCUUCGUCCUUUAGAUCAGAAUCAAUCGGCGAAGAAACAAUUAGGAUCUUGGAUUAUCGAGCAUAUAGAUGUCUGGGCUUAUCGAAGGUCUUCCUGAUGCUGUGGCCCUUAGGUGCCUUGCAAGAGUUCCCUUUUAUCUUUAUCCCAAGUUAGAACUCGUUUCUCGUUCCUGGAGGGAAGCCAUUCACAGCACUGAACUCUUCAAGGCCCGCCAAGAGGUGAAAUCAACCGAAAACUUCAUUUGCGUGUGCGCGUACGACCCCGACAAUCUAUGGCAACUCUAUGAUCCUCAGCACGACCUCUGGAUAACCCUCCCUGAUCUUCCUUCGAAUAUUCGACACCUCGCACACUUUGGCGUCGUUUCUGCUGCUGGAAAGCUAUUUGUGCUCGGCGGUGGCAGUGAUGCUGUCGAUCCGUUGACCGGUGACCAAGAUGGAUGCUUUGCUACCGAUCAAGUUUGGUCGUACAAUCCCGUAACUAGGCAGUGGUCCCUAUGUGCCCCCAUGAUCGUCCCAAGAGCCAUGUUCGCCUGUUGCGAGCUUGACGGGAAGAUAAUCGUCGCCGGCGGUUUCACCAGCUGCAGGAAAUCGAUCUCGAAGUCUGAAAUAUACGAUCCCGAGAAGGACUUGUGGAUUUCAAUGCCCGAUCUUCACCACACGCACAAUUCGGCGUGUACGGGGGUCGUGAUCGACGGAAAAGUACAUAUCUUGCACAAGGGGCUCUCGACCGUGCAAGUCCUGGAGAACGUUAAGCUCGGGUGGACGGUUCACGACUACAGCUGGCUUCAGGGCCCGAUGGCUGUCGUCAAAGGGAAGCUGUACAUAAUGAGCCAUGGCCAAAUCUACAAGCAGGAGAGGUAUUCCUGUAAGCUCAUUGUUUCGGCGUCUGAAUUCCGCAGGAAGAUCGGGUUUGCUAUGAUAGGGUUGGGCGACGACAUUUACAUCAUUGGAGGGGUCAUCGGGCCGGACAGGAUGAACUGGGACAUCAAGUCGACGGCUGAUGUGGAUGUCCUGACGCUCGGAAACGAGCGUUCUGUCUGGCGCCAGGCUGCACCGAUGACGCGAUGCCGGGGGACUGUUCUUGGAUGCACCCAGAUGAGAAUUUAGAGCAUUGAUCGAUGGAUAGAUGGAUAAAGAGCUGAGCCCAGAUUUGAUCGAAGGAAAAGGGACGAAUUUGAGAUAUGUAAUGCUUCUUCUUGAAUCUUGAUGUUGUAGUUUUUGGACAAACUGUUUUUGUUUGUCCUAGGAUUAAGAGAGAGAGAUAGGGAGAGAGAGAGAGAGGCAUCUUUUAACCCCUUGGAUGAUAAUUACUCUUUUAUGGAUGUCGUUUUUUUCAGGUUCUUUUUGUUUCUUGUGACCUUUUAGACAAUUUCCUUUGUAUUA